CCCUUCCCAUUCAGGAAAUACACAACUCAAACUCCAAAGAUUUCCAUUUUCUUUCAUAUUCUACAGUACAGUAUUCUCUCCCUCUAUAUACUGUGAUCGAACUCUUACUCCAUUGAUUAUUUCUCUUUCUAUUAAUUUGUAUUAUUCUUAAGAUGAUGGAAGCAAAUCAAGCAAUCACUAACCAAAGCCAAAAUGGUUCCUUCUUCUGCACUACUACUGCUAAAGGCGCUGUUACUGUUAGUACUACUGAUCCCUUGAAUUGGGGUGUGGCGGCGGAGUCAAUGAAGGGGAGCCACUUGGACGAGGUGAAGCACAUGGUGGAGGAGUACCGCAAGCCGGUUGUCAGGCUCGGCGGAGAGACGCUGACGAUAGCUCAGGUAGCUGCCAUUGCCACCGCCACCGCCGCUGAAGGAGUGAGCGUUGAGCUGUGCGAGACAGCUAGAGCCGGCGUUAAGGCGAGCAGUGACUGGGUCAAGAAUAGCAGCACUGACAGUAAUGGUGUCACCACCGGCUUCGGUGCCACCUCCCACCGCAGAACCAAACAAGGCAAUGCUUUGCAGCAAGAGCUAAUCAGGUUUUUGAACGUUGGAAUUUUUGGCAAUGGUACUGAGUCAUCCCACACAUUGCCACAAUCUGCAACUAGAGCUUCCAUGCUAGUGAGGAUCAACACUCUUCUUCAAGGAUAUUCAGGCAUUAGAUUUGAAAUCUUAGAAACCAUCACUCAGCUCCUCAACAACAACAUCACCCCAUGUUUGCCGCUUCGUGGCACCGUCACGGCUUCCGGUGAUCUAGUGCCUCUUUCUUACAUUGCUGGUUUGCUCACUGGCCGACCAAACUCCAAAGCUGUUGGACCUUCUGGAGAGAAACUCAAUGCCAAGGAAGCUUUCCAAUUGGCUGGCAUCAACUCCGGUUUCUUUGAAUUGCAACCGAAGGAGGGGCUUGCCCUUGUUAAUGGCACUGCUGUUGGUUCUGGCUUGGCCUCUAUUGUUCUCUUUGAGGCUAAUAUACUGGCAGUGUUGUCUGAGGUUCUAUCAGCUAUUUUUGCCGAAGUGAUGCAAGGGAAGCCUGAAUUCACCGACCAUUUGACCCAUAAGUUAAAGCACCACCCUGGUCAAAUUGAGGCUGCUGCUAUCAUGGAACACAUUUUGGAUGGGAGCUCCUACAUCAAAGCAGCAAAGAAGUCGCACGAGAUGGAUCCCUUGCAAAAGCCAAAACAAGACCGAUAUGCACUCAGAACUUCACCUCAAUGGCUCGGUCCCCUAAUCGAAGUGAUUCGAUUCUCGACAAAGUCAAUCGAGGGAGAGAUUAACUCCGUGAACGACAACCCUUUGAUCGACGUUUCGAGAAACAAGGCUUUGCAUGGAGGCAAUUUCCAAGGAACCCCUAUUGGAGUUUCCAUGGACAACACGCGUCUCGCACUUGCCUCAAUUGGAAAGCUCAUGUUUGCCCAGUUCACUGAGCUUGUGGAUGAUCAUUACAACAAUGGGUUGCCAUCAAAUCUCACUGCAAGUAGAAACCCCAGCUUGGAUUAUGGUCUCAAGGGAGCUGAAAUCACCAUGGCUUCUUAUUGCUCAGAACUCCAAUAUCUUGCGAAUCCGGUCACAACCCAUGUCCAAAGUGCUGAGCAGCACAACCAAGAUGUGAACUCUUUGGGUUUGAUUUCUUCUAGAAAAACAUACGAAGCCAUUGAGAUCCUUAAACUCAUGUCCUCCACAUUCUUGAUUGCACUUUGCCAAGCAAUUGACUUGAGGCAUUUGGAGGAGAACUUGAGAUACUCGGUUAAGAACACGGUAAGUCAGGUAGCCAAGAGGACUCUUAUCACAGAUGUCAAUGGAGAACUCCAUCCUUCUAGAUUUUGUGAAAAAGAUUUGUUGAAAGUGGUUGAUAGGGAGGCUGUAUUUGCCUAUAUUGAUGACCCCUGCAGUGCUACAUACCCAUUGAUGCAAAAGCUAAGGCAAGUGUUGGUGGAUCAUGCAUUAGUAAGCGAAGAAAAUGAGAAGAACUCAAGCACAUCAAUCUUUCAAAAGAUUGCAACUUUUGAGGAUGAGUUAAAGAGUCUCUUGCCAAAGGAGGUUGAAAGUGCAAGGGCUGCAUAUGAGAGUGGAAAUCCAAAAAUUUCAAACAAAAUCAAUGAUUGCAGAUCUUACCCACUGUACAAGUUUGUGAGGGAGGAGUUGGGAACAGAAUUGCUAACUGGAGAAAAGGUUAGAUCACCAGGUGAGGAAUGUGAUAAAGUGUUCACAGCAAUAUGUCAGGGUAAAAUUAUUGAUCCUCUUAUAAAAUGUCUUGGGGAGUGGAACGGUGCCCCAAUUCCAAUUUGUUAAUUUUACUAGUUGUUUUAGACAUGACUUAUUCAUAUUUAUGUAAGUGUAUCGAUACCCAUCAUUUUCAAAUAAAAUUCUCUGAUAUAGAAUUGUUAAAUAAA